AUGCCAGGAGGUAAAGGAAAGUCCGUAGGAGGUGGAAAGGCCGCGCCCAAAGAUGCCAACGGCAAGGGACCACGAUCGCACAGCGCAAAGGCUGGACUGCAGUUUCCAUGCGGUCGUGUCAAGAGAUUCCUAAAGAGCAAUACGCGCAAUAAGAUGCGCGUUGGUGCCAAAGGUCCGAUCAACAAUCUCACAUCCCCCGCAGCUGCAGUUUACACCACAGCCGUCCUCGAGUAUCUGACCGCCGAAGUUCUCGAGCUCGCAGGCAACGCAGCAAAGGACCUGAAAGUCAAGCGUAUCACGCCACGACAUCUCCAACUCGCCAUCCGUGGUGAUGAAGAACUUGACACUCUCAUUCGCGCCACCAUAGCCUACGGAGGUGUCCUGCCACACAUCAACAGAGCACUCAUCACUAGCGCCGACAAGAAGAAACACGGCUAG